AUUUGGCUGAACAUGCACAAUGUCUGUAUUUCGACCUAUAACUUUGAUGAAGAUAUCUCAGAGAACUGUCCAACAAUGGAAUCCAGCCAGCGUCCUGACGCUUCAGUCGCAGCUGUCGUCGCGGGCCGAGUCCUUCUUGACCGGAGACAGCGCCAACUUUCUGGAAGCCCAGUACCUGGACUGGGCUAAGUCUAAGGGCGCAAUUGAUUCUUCGUGGGACGGGUUUUACGACAGCGUGGCCGGUCCGGCAUUGAAGAUAGAAGACCUUCAGGAUGAUUUCAGCCCUUCUACUGUCAAAUCAAAACCAAAGGAGAAAGGAAAAUCUGAAGACAAAGAGAAAAUUAAGCUUCAAAUGGCGGUGCAGAACUUAGUCAGAAGUUACCAGGCUCGAGGCCACCUCCUGGCCAAAACGGACCCACUCUCCAUCAGCAUGGCCGCCCGCUUCCUGGUCAAGUCGAAGGCGAAGCCGGACACCAAGGGGCUGGAGUGCCAGAUCGUAGCGCGUGAAUUGGGAACUAUUCUUUGUGAGAAACACAUGGACAUGACCUUCGAGCUACCAGACAGGACGUGUAUUGGCGGCAAUGAGACCUCGCUGACGCUCAGGGAAAUCGUCGCCCGUCUAGAGCGGACUUACUGCGGCUCGAUCGGAGUCGAGUACAUGCACUGUUACGACCUGGAUUCGUUGCAGUUCAUCAGGGAGAAGAUGGAACACCCCACCGCCUUCGACAAGACAGCGGAGGAGAAGAGGCUCAUCAUGAGGCGGCUCACGAAGGCUGUUUUCCUAGAGAAAUACUUCGCAACCAAAUGGCCCGCUGAGAAGAGAUUCGGCCUGGAGGGCGGUGAAAGUAUGAUCGUGAUGCUGGAGGAGAUCGUGGACACGAGCACUAGACUCGGGGUGCAGUCCAUCGUCAUGGCCAUGCAGCAUCGAGGUCGUCUCAACAUGUUGGUGAACGUGUGUAGGAAACAAUUGACUGAUAUUUUCGCUCAGUUCAAACCAAUGGAACCGAAAGAACCUGGUUCCGGUGACAUCAAGUACCACUUGGGUACUUACAUCCACCGCUUCAUCCGUAGAACUAACAAGUACAUAAAGGUGUCGAUGAGCUGCAAUCCGUCUCAUUUGGAGGUGGUGUCUCCGGUCGUGGUGGGGAAAACCAGGGCCGAACAGUUCUGGAAGGGGGAUAGUAAUGGCGAUAAGAUCAUGUCUAUCAUCAUGCACGGCGACGCGGCCUUCAGCGGCCAAGGUGUGGUGUACGAGACCUUCACGAUGAGCAACCUGCCCAGCUUCACCACCCACGGCAGCAUCCACAUUGUGUGUAACAACCAGAUAGGAUACACCACCGACCCUCGCUUCGCCAGGAGCUCUCCUUACUGCUCAGAUAUAGCGAAAUGCGUGGACGCGCCCAUUCUCCACGUGAACAGCGAUGAUGCAGAAGCGGUGGCGCACGUAGCUCGAGUGGCCAUCAGUUACCGCUGCGAGUUCAAGAAGGACGUGGUGAUAGACUUCGUGUGCUACCGCCGGUUCGGCCACAGCGAGGAGGACGAGCCGAUGUUCACCCAGCCCUUCAUGUAUAAGAAGAUCAAGACUAUGACCACUGUGGACAAGAUAUACGAAGCAAAGCUGAAGGCGGAGGGUGUGAUAACCGACGCGGACAUCAAGCAGUGGGAGAAGGAGUACAUGGACACGCUGAACAAGCACUUCGAGCUGGCGAAGAAGGUCACCAAGCUCAGCAUCAUGGACUGGAUCGACACGCCCUGGACUGGCUUCUUUGAGGCCAAAGACCCUAAGAAGAUCGAGGAGACUGGCAUAUGCGAAGCGACAAUAUCCACGAUCUCGCAGCACUUCUGCAAGCCGCCGGAACUUUGGGCGUUCGAGCUACACAAAGGACUCGGCAGGAUCCUGCAGAACAGAGAAAAGAUGGUAAAAGAGGGUGUAGCGGACUGGGCCAUGGGUGAAGCCCUGGCAUACGGUUCUCUGCUACGAGACGGCGUCCACAUCAGGUUCACUGGUGAGGACGUUGAGAGAGGCACCAUGGCUCAUAGGCACCACGUAUACCAUCACCAGGGGGUAGAUGGCGCCACCUACCGCGUCUUCGACCAGUUGUACCCGGACCAGGCCAUUUACAGUCUGCACAACAGCGCCCUCAGCGAGUUUGGCAUCCUCGGUUUCGAAGUGGGCUACUCUUACUCGAGUCCGAACCUGCUUACGAUAUGGGAGGCGCAGUACGGUGACUUUGCGGACACGGCGCAGCCCGUGUUCGACACGUUCAUCGCGAACGGCGAGAGCAAGUGGGUCGCGCAGUCCGGUCUCGUGGUGCAACUGCCCCACGGGAUAGAUGGCGCUGGCCCAGAGCAUUCGUCUGGGCGAGUGGAGCGUUACCUCCAACAAGCUGACGAUGACGAGGACAUCAUACCGGAUCUGGACGACCCCGAAUUUGUGGUGAAACAGCUCCGAGCUUGCAACUGGAUCGUCAUGAACCUGACGACGCCAGCGAACUACUUCCACAUGAUCCGGCGGCAGCUCGCCAUGCCCUUCAGGAAGCCGGUCAUUCUGAUGACGCCCAAGGUCGGCUUGAAACAUCCCUACUACAGGUCCAAUUUCAAAGAUUUCAAGCUGGGAACCUGCUUUCAGAGGGCGAUUCCAGAAAGCGGGCCGGCGUCGCAGAAGCCUGAAUGCGUGCAAAAACUACUAUUCUGUUCGGGAAAAGUGGCCAUCACCAUCGACGAACUGCGCAAAGAGAAGAAGCUGGAGGACAAAAUAGCAAUGUGUCGUAUUGAGCAACUGUACCCGUUCCCCUACGACCUGGUGCUGCGCGAAUAUUGCAAAUACGAGAAGGCCAAGGUCUUCUUCUGUCAGGAGGAGCAUAAAAAUCAGGGCCCGUGGCCGUUUUGCGGCGUUCGAAUUUCGAAUUUGCUCGGGAGGAAAAUUGGGUGCAUUUCACGUCCGUCGAGCUCAGCAUCCGCGACUGGCAUCAAAUGGAUCCACGCGAAGGAACUGAAAGAACUUAAAGAUAAGAUCAUUGCGUUGUGAAAGUUACUGUGAUAUUACGAAACCUAUUGGCUGUGAAAUAAAUUGUU